CUUGGGUCCAAUCAUAGGUGUGAGGGUGAAGUGGGUUGGUUCUCGAGCGGGUGACUCAAUCAUUGUGUGUGAAAAUUUUAUAGAGGAAAAGGGGGUGAAUGGGGCUUAUCACUAGCAGAAAGUGAGAAAGGAGGCACUUGCUCUAUUUCUAUUUAUAAACUCCUGCUAUAUGCCUUCAUAACUACUAAUCCAACAUAUCAAUAAGUCUCCGCAGCAAUGGCUUCCGAGAAGGUUGAGACCAUUGUUGCCGGCAACUACUUGGAGAUGGAAAGGGAAGAAGGCGAUUCCAAGUCGACUAAGAGCAGAUUAUCGGCCUUGUUUUGGCACGGCGGCUCGGUCUAUGAUGCCUGGUUCAGCUGUGCUUCUAAUCAGGUUGCCCAAGUGCUUCUCACACUGCCUUACUCGUUUUCACAACUGGGGAUGUUAUCUGGAAUUCUCUUUCAACUGUUUUAUGGGUUGAUGGGGAGUUGGACUGCUUAUCUCAUAAGCGUACUUUAUGUUGAGUACAGAACUAGAAAGGAGAGAGAAAAGGUUGAUUUUAGAAAUCAUGUAAUUCAGUGGUUUGAAGUCCUUGAUGGGCUUUUGGGGAAGCACUGGAGGAAUGUAGGCCUACUUUUCAACUGCACUUUCCUUCUCUUUGGCUCCGUGAUACAGCUGAUUGCCUGUGCAAGCAACAUCUACUACAUAAAUGACAAUUUCGACAAGAGAACUUGGACGUACAUCUUCGGCGCCUGCUGUGCUACGACCGUUUUCAUUCCUUCAUUCCAUAAUUACAGAAUUUGGUCAUUCUUAGGCCUUAUGAUGACCACCUACACUUCUUGGUAUCUAACCAUUGCUUCCUUUAUCCAUGGGCAGGUUGAGGGGGUGAAGCACUCUGGCCCAACCAAAAUGGUUCUCUACUUCACUGGGGCUACCAACAUUCUCUACACCUUUGGUGGUCAUGCUGUCACAGUGGAGAUAAUGCAUGCGAUGUGGAAGCCCCAAAGGUUCAAGCUAAUAUACUUGACAGCAACUCUCUAUGUGCUGACCCUAACACUGCCGUCAGCUUCCGCUGUUUAUUGGGCUUUUGGGGAUAUGCUCCUUAACCAUUCCAAUGCUUUCUCUUUGCUGCCAAGGUCUGGAUACAGAGACACUGCUGUCAUCCUCAUGCUCAUUCAUCAGUUCAUAACAUUCGGAUUUGCAUGCACUCCUCUGUACUUUGUUUGGGAAAAGUUCGUCGGUGUGCACGACACAAAGAGUGUGUGCAAGCGAGCCCUAGCCCGACUACCCGUGGUGAUCCCCAUAUGGUUCCUGGCCAUCAUUUUCCCUUUCUUCGGUCCCAUCAACUCCACAGUUGGAUCACUUCUUGUCAGCUUCACCGUCUACAUAAUCCCAGCCUUAGCUCACAUGAUAACAUUUUCUUCGCCAUCUUCUAGAGAGAAUGCAGUGGAGAGACCACCGUCAUUCUUAGGAGGUUGGGCCGGCGUAUACUCAAUGAACGCCUUUGUGGUGGGAUGGAUUUUGGUGGUGGGAUUCGGGUUUGGAGGGUGGGCAAGCAUGCUCAACUUCAUUCAACAAAUUAAUACAUUUGGACUCUUCACAAAAUGCUACCAGUGCCCUCGCAAGGCUUGAGUUGAGUUGCUUCCCUACUUUCAAAAGGAAAUUAAAUCAAGAAAUUAAGAUACAUAUAUAAGUGUGUAAAGAGAUUGGGCAUUUGUAAUUUUUUUUCUCUCCCUUUUGUUUUUUUUUUUUUUUUUGUUUUUUCUCUUCUAAGAGAUCUUGUAACUCGUGUGUUGAUCAGCCCUACUACGAAAUGUAACUCCCCUGGUUUUUCUGGGCACCCAGCUCUAAGUAUGAACAAUCCUCCAUUUCUAAUAUGAAAAAUCAUAAGUUCUCCAGACUA